AUAUGCUCGUCAAAUCGUCGGACGUACACGCGCGCGACUGCAGUCUCGUGGACAGAUCGGUCGAGGCGACAAUACGACAAACGAUUAUAAAGACCUCGGACGCGCCUCGAAGACAUCUUGAAAGAUGAGAGACAAGGGAGUGCAGCAGCGGGUGCUGCUGCUUUUGUUGCUCCUUGGCUUUUACGCUUAUCGAUAUGUGGAAUCGUGCGAGGUCAAAAAUCCUAAUCAGGUCUACAAGAAGAUCAAGUCCGGCACGCUCACCGUUUCCAUGAAGAGCGACAAGAUCACGUUGAAAAUUCAGAAAAACGAAAAAUCGGCAUCGGCAAAUCCAUCGUCGCUCGAGAUGGUCCUGUUCACCAAGGACCCCGCGGCCACUACUUUGGCCGGUGACUCUCGAGCCGUCUACCAGCUCAUCUCGAACUGCGAGCAGGACACGAUCUGCGUGAAGGUGCGCGACGUCGUGCACACGAAGAUCUUGGCCGCGCCCCAGGCCGACGCGGUGAAGAUCAAGCGUCUGAUGCAGAAUCCCGACGGCAGCCUGACCGACUGCAUCCGACUGGACGAGGACGCGCAGUGGGUCGGCGGGCCCCAGUGGCGCUACCAGCACUGGCCCGUCCAGCACCAGUACUACGAGGAGGAGCCCUACGUGCCCACCCACCAGAACCAGGCGGCGGUGAUCGAGCGCUACUGGCUAUCCAGUCGGGGCUUCUACAUCUACGGCAGUCCGCGGGAUCCGCUCUUCGUCGAUCAGAACAAUCUCAUCACCAAGCACCUGUGUCUGGUGGCGAAGAAUCGGGCGCCGUAUCACAGGCGCGAGCAGAUCGAGCUCGACUACGAGAUCGGCGUGUUCAGCGACGCGCGCAUGGCCCACGAGUACGUGGUGCUGGAGCAUCUGGGUAAACCCAUGGACAUACCGGACGAGCGGAUGGUGGCCGAGCCGAUCUGGUCGACCUGGGCCAGGUACAAGGUCUACGUCAACGACUCGGUGGUGCGCGAGUUCGCCAAGGAGAUACGCGACAACGGCUUCGGCAACAGCCAGCUCGAGAUCGACGACAACUGGGAGACCUGCUACGGCUCGGCCGAGUUCAACGCGACCAAGUUCCCGGACGUGCUCGGCCUGACGGACGACCUGCACAGUCAGGGCUUCCGCGUCACCCUCUGGGUGCAUCCGUUCAUCAAUCGGAACUGCGCAGCCUACGACUACGCCGUGGAGCACGACUACGCGGUGAAAAAUCUCGAGGGCUCGGUGAAGAGCGAGUGGUGGCAGGGCAACGACUCGCUCGCCAUAGACUUCACCAAUCUCGAGGCCGUCCAGUGGUGGGUGGGUCGAUUGCGCAAGAUCACGGACCUCGGCGUGGACAGCUUCAAGUUCGACGCCGGCGAGGAGACGUUCACGGCCCAGCCGGUGCCCGAUCUCCAGGGCGACGAGGACCUGCAGCCGGGCCUCUACACCAAUCAGUACGUCACGGCGCUCUGGGACAACUUUAACUCGAUGAUCGAGGUCCGAGUGGGCUGGCGCACCCAGGACCUGCCCAUCUUCGUGCGAAUGAUCGACAAGGACUCGAGGUGGACCCUCAACAACGGCCUGCCGACUCUGGUGACGACCCUGCUGCAGAUGAAUCUGCAGGGCUACGUGUUCGUGCUGCCCGACAUGAUCGGAGGCAACGGCUACGUACCCGGCGACAUCACCCUCACCGCCAAACCCUCCAAGGAGAUCUUCAUCAGGUGGCUGCAGGCCAACACCUUCAUGCCCUCGCUGCAAUUCUCGUUCGUGCCUUGGGAUUACGACGACGAGACCAUCAAGAUAUCGAAGAAAUUUACCCAGUUACACACACAAAUUGCCCCCAAAGUUAUCGAUCGAAUGAAAUUGGCCGUGCAGACCGGAGCUCCGGUAAAUCCCCCGAUCUGGUGGGUCGACCCGGAGGACCAAGAGGCCCAUAAAGUCAGCGACGAGUAUCUUCUCGGCGAGGAGGUGCUCGUGGCACCGGUGAUUCACGAGGGUUCGCUGUCUCGAGACGUCUAUUUGCCCAAGGGCAGAUGGCGAGACGGCAACGACAACAAGGAAUACAGCGGCCCGUUAUGGAUCAACGACUACGAGGCACCGAUCGACGUCUUGCCGCACUUUUACAAAAUAGCUUGAUGAUCAAAAAAAAAAAAAAAAAAAAGCUGUAGGCAGAUAA